ACAGCCCCCAGCGGCCCAUGACGUCAGCAGCAAUCGGCGGCCGCUUCUGGGCAGUAACGGGCGCAUCUAGAGGAGGAAGCUGCGAUGAGCCUCAUCAAGGAGUACCGUGUGGUUUUACCCUGUACUGUUGAGGAGUAUCAAGUGGGACAGCUGUUCUCCGUGGCUCAAGCAAGUAAAAAUGAGACGGGUGGUGGUGAGGGCAUCGAGGUUCUUAAGAAUGAGCCCUAUGAAAAAGACGGAGAAAAAGGACAGUACACACACAAAAUCUACCACAUAAAGAGCAAAGUCCCGGCGUUUGUCAAAAUGUUUGCUCCCGAAGGCUCCCUGGUAUUCCAUGAAAAGGCCUGGAAUGCUUACCCCUACUGCAGAACCAUCGUCACGAAUGAGUAUAUGAAAGACAAUUUCUUCAUUAAGAUUGAGACAUGGCACAAACCAGACCUUGGAACACAAGAAAACGUGCACCAACUAGACGGCGCCACAUGGCAGAAUGUCACUGUUGUGCCCAUUGACAUUGCAGACCGAAGUCAAGUGUCCACUGCUGACUACAAACCAGAUGAGGACCCUACCAAGUUCAAGUCCGCUAAAACUGGCCGAGGACCUCUCGGGCCCACCUGGAAGAAGGAGCUGGCUAGUAAGACCGACUCCCCAAGGAUGUGUGCCUACAAACUGGUCACAGUCAAAUUCAAGUGGUGGGGUCUGCAGACCAAAGUGGAGAACUUCAUCCAUGAGCAAGAGAAGAGGAUCUUCAAUAACUUCCACCGUCAGCUCUUUUGUUGGAUUGAUAAGUGGGUGGAGCUGACCAUGGAUGACAUCAGGCGGAUGGAGGCAGAGACACAGAGGGAGCUGGAAGAGCUUCGCAGACGGGGGGAAGUACGAGGAACCACUGCUUCAGACAAAUGAAGAGGAAAAGCAUUUUAAACGCCCAAAACGACGACUGAGAGGCCUCUUUUGGCGCCUCUGCUCUACCACAGCUGAUUUAAGCGGUGGUGGUGGUGGGGGGGCUACCUGCGCUACCUGCAAUCAAUAGAGCAGAUCCCUGACUUGCAUCCAAUCAUAGACAUUCUAAAUAGUGAGGAAUUGAUUUCAAGAAAGUAACACGAUCCCAGCUGAUAGGACUGGUUCAUUUUGAUCUCCUGGGCAGAGCAAGGCCGCCUAUCAGCAUCACGGUAUUGACACGUCCUAACCUGCUGGAGAGACGUGCAGAGGAGUUGUAGUACAGAUACAUUUUUACGAAAGAAAAUUCAUUGACACAUGAUUCCACAGUGACGGGUGUUGGACCAAAUAUGUAUCCUGUUAUAUUUUCCUUUUUCUAGCAUAUAAUUCCUCUGAAGACGAAGCCGCGGUCGGCUCCUUGGUCUCAACGGCUCUCACUGUGGCCGAGUGGGUCGCGUUCCCCCGCCAUGAGUCAGUUCGACGUACUCGUGUCCCUUCCUGCCACAGACUCCAUUUAGAGAAUUACUACCACCCUUUGCGCCC